AUGAAAGACAUCAACUCGUUCUUGGGUGCAGAAAAGCUCGAGAUAGCUUUCUCCCGGGGAUAUUUCCACUGGGAUGAAAUUGUGGCGGCUGUCGUCUUUCUUAUCGCAUUAGCUGUUCUUUUAUUUGAUUCUUCUCUUUUCAUCAAUGACCCAUUCGAGCAUGUCUUGUUUGAAUGCCCCCAGGGGGAGAAACCCACCCAAAAGCCAACCCAGAGCAAUAUCGGCAAAGUCCUAGAAGAGCAGGCAAAAGACUUUGUAAUCUUUUACGGCUCGCAGUCUGGACGAGCGUACGAAUUGGCACAACGCCUAAGUCGAGACAUAUCAAGAAGCUUCUCAAAGGCAGCCUUGGUUGCAGAUCUCAGUGAUUAUGACUGCGCCAGCGUGGUAGAUAUCCCCCGUCAGAAAUUGGUGAUCUUUAUCCUGUCCACCUACGGUGAAGGCGACCCUCCAGACAAUGCUUCAAGACUUGCCGAAUGGAUACAGGGCCUUCCCAAGAAGCCUAUACUUCAGAACCUGCAUUUUACAAUGCUAGGUCUUGGAAACAGUAACUACAAGUUCUACAACAGGUUUGCACUCCAGACAAGCGAGAAGCUACAGGUUCUGGGAGCGACUCCGAUCAUGGCCCUGGAACUCGUGGAUGACGCAGAGGGAAACACGCAAGACAGCUUUGUGAUGUGGAAAAAAAAGCUUUUCGAAACAUUCGUCCAGAAUCUCGGGAUUACAGAGUGCCCAAGACCCUACGAGCCCCUCAUUAGCAUCACGCCAAGUGAUUCUGACGGAGAUCAGACGCAGAUGUACCGACCAGUCGGUCCACACCAGGCAUCGAAGACAGCAGACUCGGUCGUUUAUCCAGCCAUUGUAUCACACAUCCAGAACAUCACACCGAAUGCGCCGCGAGAAACUCUCCAUGUGGAUAUCGAUAUCAGCAAUGAGCCCAAACUCAAGUACGCUGUGGGCGACCACAUUGCUAUCUGGCCGGAAAACUCGACAUCGGAAAUGCAGGAGCUGCUGGAAGCCCUAGGACUCAGCGAGGCCGACAUGCACCGGCCCAAGGUCAUCGAUCGCAUAGACCCUGACACUCCAGUACCAUGGCCUCGACCAGUGACUCUACAUGCAUUGUUUGAACGGCAUCUGGACAUUGCUGCUCUUGUAUCGCGAGACCUAAUCCUGGACUUGAAGCAGUUUGCCAAAACACCUUCCAGCCAAGAGGCCCUCGACGGCCUCGCUCGCAACUACAAGAAUCUAUGCCUGACCCAACGAACGACCCUGGCAUCUUUGCUCCGAUUAGCCAACCCUGAAGCCUCGGCUUGGGCUGAUAUUCCCCAUUCCUUCCUCCUGGAAAACCUCACGCCCAUCAAGCCGCGGUAUUAUUCAAUUUCUUCCUCGCCAGCUGUCAGUCCCAGGACUAUCUCAUUCACGGUGGCCGUCAAAGACAUUGAUCUAGCCUCUGGAGAGCGACUGCUCGGUCUAAUGUCCAACACCCUGCUAAGAAUGCACCAAGCCCACGAUGGACCCUGUCCGCGAGGCCCCAGGCUCUGGUGCAACGUACGAAAAUCCAAAUUCAAGCCGCCAGUAUCACCAAUGCAGCCAAUUGUCAUGGUCGCUAAUGGCUCUGGCAUUUCGCCAUUCAUCGGAUUUCUACGCCACCGCCUACGCACUUUCCAACUCAAGGGGGAUGUCGGGAAGAUGUUGCUCAUUUAUGGCUGUCAGAAUGAGCAGAUGCAUCUGUACAAGUCGGAAAUUGAGAAGAUUCAGGAUGUGCUGGGUGAUCGACUCCAGGUUGUCCUUGCUUACUCGCGAAAAGGAGGAGGAUAUGUGCAGGAUCAGAUUAGGGCUCAUGGCUUGGAUGUAGCUGAGCUGAUUUGUAGUGAGAAGGCGAACAUGUAUAUAUGUGGAUCGACUGUUAUGGCCCGAGAGGUUCGCACAAGACUCCUGGAACUGGUUCAAGGUCGGGGGAGUUCAAAACAGCAGUCUCAGGAGUUUGAGGCGGCCCAGAUGCGGACGAAGAGGUGGCAGUUUGAUGCUUGGGGUUGA